GCGGACCAAGUCCAGCGGUUCAGAGACGGAGGAGGCGCCUGCACCCUCGGUGUCGGCCAUUUUAUCGCAGAGGGAGAGGUUGAAAGGAAGGGGAGUGGUGAAGGGCUGCACAGGCAAAAUUCCGCCAGAACGAUCGGAUAGGAAAGCAGCAGGUCUUCUAACCGUUCUAAGGUUAGUCUGGCCAAGACCACUAGGGCGUUAGUGCGACCGGCCCCCUCAGUUUCCCCAGACCCCCAGCGGCCGCUUUGACAUGAAUUACAUGGCACUUGCACCUGACAGGGAGGAGCACAAGGCCUCGUUACAUUGCCUGCCUAGCUGUAAUCAUAAUAUUAGCUCUAAUAAUGAACAAGGGUGUGCUGGCGUCUCCUCACUUCUCCCCUGGCCAUGCCUUCUCCUGUUUUCUCCCCCAACUACCCUCCUCGCCUUCGCUCCCAGAUUACUACUAGGCAACACUAGGCGUUCUCAAUGCGGGUGAUUGCUGGUCGCUGCGAGGGCCUGGCCUCUCACCUUCUCUUUCCCUCGUGUCGCCCUUCCAUCCGUCAUCACUCCCAUAAUCUGCGUCCUAUUGCAGCUUCUACCCCUCAGUUGGCACGAUGGUUUAACACCAGCGGAUCUCUGGCUUCCUGGAGCUCUGGGUUCCUUCCAAAGGCCAAUGUUAGCAAUCUUCCGCCGGAAAGCACUAUUAUUUCCCAUAAACAUCCAAACCAUGAAGCACCCGGUCUGGACAACGUUGACGUUGACCGGACUGCCCUGGAAAGGGAACUCUAUUCAACGUUGGAAAGCGGCCAACCUGACCUGAUAAUGGCUGCUCUACUUAACUAUGACUACGCAGAAUUAGUUGCUACGAUGCCACAAAGCGUCUUUACGGAAGCAUUCAACUGCCUUUCUCCCGCAUAUUUUAUUGAGCCCUUCAAAGCACUUCACCGACCGCUACACCCAUACACCGUCGAGCUCAAACAAUUCAAGUCCCAGGACGCGAUCUUCAAUGAUUUUGUUAGAAAUCUGUCGUCUAUUGUUAGAGUACGGCGAUCGGCAGGUUCUACUCUGGGCCUUGCUGAAUACUCUCAUCUUCUUGACUGCGCUCGGUCUCUGGGCGACGCGGUGAUGGCAGAUCACAUCUGGCAUUCCAUGAAGCGGGACGGGAUCCUCCCUGACAUCCACUGUUACAACCAGUAUAUGGAAGCCAAGGUUUGGAAUUCUGCUUACACUGGUAGAGAAAAAUACCGCCUCCGUGUAACGCCUUACUACUAUAAGAAGCGAAAGUUUGGAGAUUCCGGUUUUGGGGGCUUUGGGACUGCAACCCGGAGUGUACGAAAAGAAGUGAAUGAUAUAUUUGAUGAGAUGACAGAGGCAGGCAUCGAAGGUACUGAAACGACCAUGAUAAACCUUCUUCUGGCAUCCGCUCGUGUCGGAAACAAGACCACGUUGAGGGAUCUUCUGAAAACCGUCUGGAACGUCGACGUUGACUUACUGACGACGCAUUACCCUGGCGAAGUCACCAAGUACGAGCGCACCUCACCUUUAUACCCAUCGGGUCGCCUUCUCAGUGCGGUAGUCCAUGCGUUUGGUUCAAACAAUGAUAUCUUCACUGCAAUGCGGCUUGUCGAGCAUCUUUCCAAAUCUUAUGACAUAGAAGUUCCACACUCAGUCUGGGCCGAAUUGUUUGAGUGGGCUUUUAUCUUAUCACGCCGUACCAAAACCAACGAGAAAUAUCUAGAAGGAGGCCCGCUUCACACUCAUGUUCUCUUAGAUUUGUUCGAUAAGAUGACAAAGGAGCACAAUGUGAAACCAACAGUGGAAACGCAUACAAAGCUCGCGAUACCUGCAUGGUACUAUUGUCAUGUGAGAAUUUUUUUAAAUCAAAUGCGUGCUGCAUACCAGAUCAUGGAUGAGACAAGACGGAAGAAGAUAACUGCGCGAAGAAUGGUCGAGUCGUACUUACGACACCCUGGCGUCAAUGGCAAACAUAUCGAUCCCCGGAUUCUACGCUCACGAGCAUUUGCGGAUGCCGUACACUCCUACGAUGUUCUUCGGCUUCAAGUCAUGCAGCAGACAAGCAUGAUCGAACGUCUCGCGCGCCUCCUUAUCUUUAAAACUGGUUGGAUUCGCCCCAACUGGAGAGCUUGGGAACGGCAAUUGUUACCUCGGUUCCUUGAAGAAUGGAGAGACUUUAUUCCAGACGCAAUUCGCUGCUGGACACAUUCAGGCGAAAUCCAAUUCCAUGGCCCCAUCAAGUUCGGCCAUAGCCGUGUGACCACCCAACGAACCAUACAAGUUCGCCGACCCUCAAUCAACGACGAUUUUACUCCGGACCCAGACUAUGAUAUCGAGCUGGAGGACGAUAUCAUAUGGACUUCAUUCCGCAGAAGCAUAAGCCCCGAAGACCUCCAAACUCCUUUGCUCAAGCGACUAUUUGAACCCGUUCCCUUGGAAGUCCAUGAUUAUUAUCCCGGCUCACCGAGUUAUGACGAGGGCAUUUGUCCUGAUAAUCAUAUCAAUGAGAAAAUGCAUGGUAAUAUUGAGAACGGAUAUGUCCCAGCUCCCACACCUGCGCAAUGGGUUCAUCUGGCGUCUUUUUCACGCGAGCAGAAGGAUAAAAUGCUUAAGGAGACAUUUGGGCCCUGCUAUGAAGUAAAGAACAAGGACGAUGAAUACUAUGAGUCAGGUUCAGCGAACGCGACUCUCUCUUAAUUUGUCGUUUAACCCCAACUGAUCCUGUGGACUUUUCCCUUCUUUUCGUUUUUGACUUGUCUAUUUGCGCGGAGUUGGUGUAAUCUGCCCCCAACGAUAUAGCGUAACAUUGUCUCCUCAGAGCCCGUGUUUGAUCAUCUGAUAGUGCGCUGCGUUGCUUUUUGUUUGGCGCACACCAAAAUACCCCGAUUUAAAUCCAGAAACUCAUGGCUUGUAUCACAAUCUUGAUGUCUCUAUUUUCAUUCCAGGUGAAAUCUCACUUGCAAAGCAUGUCCGGUUAGCUAGACCAAUUUGUUUGCGGUAAAUUCUAGAGCAUUCUACUAAAGAAGACAUGGACUUGUUGAGUAUUAUAUAUAUCC